AUGGUGCUAGCGGCUAUUCGGGUUUUGGUGUGCGGAGCGGAGUUCCAUCGGGUAGAGUCGGCACUUGGGGGCUAUGUAGAGAACACAAACUUUGCAUGGAAUCGCCGUUACGAAAUAUCUUGUGCUGCUUCGACGGGGGUGCAUGAGGUGGACGGUCGGCUACUUUCCAUGUGCCACCUUGUGGUGCUCACGAGGGGCGCCAGCUCUCCGUUGGAUGCUGCAAGCUAUCUUAGCAAGCCCACCGUCGCACUGGAGGACGCCCCAGAGAGCGCGGUGGCCAUGCUGAAGGGCUGUGACUUCUACUACGGUGUGCACCCCCUGGAGAAGCUGCGUUCGGCAGCUGUGGAUAUAGGCCUUUCCCCACCACACGUUAUUUGGGACGCCGCGUUACGCAUGUUUACAACAAACGGUGCAUUGUGCCUCCGUCGCGCCUUUUGGCUUCUUGACAAGGAUGGGGACGGGGUACUAGAUGAGGAGGAAAUAAUUUUAUGGCAGCGUUCCGUGAAAUCCGCGUGCUUUUCAAAAAGUGACGUUGGUGAAUGGCUUGCUAGUUGUUCACUGAAGGACUCCUCCAUCAAGGCGGUAGAUUCUGACGCCUUUAUGAAGCUGCAGGAAGACUACUUACUGAACGGUGACGCGAAGCAAGUGUGGGCAACGCUUAAUGUGACAGGGGUUUACCCUGAUGGACUGCCGUAUUCGUGGAGAGACCUGCAUGCGGUGCGUGUGAGUAAAGAGAGCAACACAUACCUUUCUCACACCGCCAUUCAGUUCUUUCGAAAUUUGUACAAACUUCGUCGGUUUCACGAUCUUGACAAUAUGUGGGAUUUCACUCCAGGGUGCCCGUGGAGGCACGUGCAUGGGUUUCUUAAGACACAAAUCCCACUGGAUAAGUUUAUCGAGUACUGGAAAUACUUGGCGCUGACAAACCGCAGCCUGGUGGCGCAGUAUGCCAGAUAUUGGGGCUAUAAAGGGGACACAGGCCUUCUAUUUUUGUUACGGCACGCACGCCAAUAUCGUGAAUUGGGUGAGGCGGUACCUAAUACAAUCCAGGCCCUUGUGGUUGGUUCCCCUGGGUGCGGACGAAGGAGUCUCACCUUUACACUUACCGCAUUGGAUGAGGAGAUGUUCAACGACGGCGUGGAUGCAUCGCAGGAAAUGUACAUUAGAACCACAACUUUUCCUGUAAGGCAUGGCGAAGGAGACACACUUCAAACGGUAGUGUACACCACCGCACCCAUUGAACACCUCAUGAAGGUACUAGGCGACGACACGCUGGAAAAGCAGCUGGACGUGGUGCUUCUCUGUUACGAUGGAACACGUGUGGAAGAAACUACACCGCCCAUUAUGCGUGCGUACCUAGAUGCUAAGGCGUCACCACUGCGGUGCCGUAAUUUGCCGUUUGUGGUUGUCAUGACAAAAGCGGAGGCUUCUGCCUCAGCGGAGACCCCCAGUGAGGGAGCCAAGGCGAUGGAGCGCUUUUGUCGCGAGCACCAGUUGCUCUGGCCUCCUGUUGUAACGAGCGUAGAAGCUCCUGACGAAUCUGAAAUUGUUGCCCUUAAUGAAUACAUGUAUGCCGUCGCCAGGGAACCCGAGAUUGCUGUGGGAAAUCCACCUCUAACUCCCCUGCGUAUAUUAAGACGCGUCGCAAUUGUCACGAUUUUCACACUUGCCGUAGGAAGUGUCACGCGCCUGGUCAUUCGACGACUCCGUGGAAGGCGUCAGUAG